AUGCCGGGGACAAGGACAGAGCCGGGCAUCCCCGCGGGGAGCCGCUCCGCAGGGGAACCCCCCCUUCCCCUCGCUGACGCUGGAGGAGAAGGGAGGGAAAGACGGGAAAAGGAGGAAAAUCCCGGCGAAACCCUCCCCGAAGCGGAGCCGCGGAGAAGGCGGCGGCGCCGGCUGGAAAAUGCAUCUUCCUCGGAGCUGCGUCCUCCUCCUCCUCCUCCAGGGCAGCAUCGCGCUGCUGGUGUUCUGCGCUCCAGAGGAACCCGAGAAAGGAGCGGAUCCAGGCGAGCCCCGGGCCCGCGGGAGAGCCCCGAAGCUGCGGGAGCUGCUCUCCCCAAAGCCCCUCCCGGGCCUGAGCCCGGCCCCGCAGCAGAACCGGACCCUGCCGGGGCCGGGCAGCGGCUCCCGGGAGCUCGGGGCAGCCCCGGUGAACCGGCCCGGGUGGGAUCCCGGGGCAGCCCCGGUGAACCGGCCCGGGUGGGAUCCCGGGGCAGCCCCGGUGAACGGGCCGGGCCGGAGCUCGGCCCCCGGGCACAGCGGGACCCGCGGCCCGCCCCGGGCAGGCUGCAGAAGCUUUUCGGCUGGGGAGACUUUUACUCCAACAUCAAGACGGUGAAGCUGAACCUGCUGAUCACGGGCAAGGUCGUGGAUCACGGCAACGGCAGCGUCAACGUCUUCUUCCAGCACAACUCCACGGGCCACGGCAACAUCUCCGUGAGCCUCGUGCCCCCCACCAAGGCCGUGCAGUUCGACCUGGAGCAGCAAAUCUUCAUCGAGGCCAAGGAGUCCAAGGUGUUCAACUGCCGCGUGGAGUCGGAGCAGGUGGCCCGGGCCAGGAAGACCUCGCUGUGCACCUUCGACCCGGCCAAGACGUGCUCGCAGGAGCACACGCAGAGCCGCGCAGCCUGGCUGUGCUCGCAGCCCUUCCGCGCCGUGUGCGUGUACAUCACCUUCUACAGCAGCGACUACCGCCUGGUGCAGAAGGUGUGUCCCGACUACAGCAAGCACAGCCAGCGGCCCUACUUCCCCUCGGGGUGAGCCCCGGGGCAGCGAUUCCCGGGAUUCCCGCGAUUCCCGGGGCACCAUUCCCGGGCAGCGAUUCCCGGGAUUCCCGCGAUUCCCGGGGCAGCGAUACCGAUUCCCGGGAUUCCCGGGGCAGAGAUUCCCGGGAUCCCCGGGACAGCGAUUCCCGGGAUUCCUGGGCCACCAUUCCCGGGCAGCGAUUCCCGCUAUCCCCGGGGCAGCGAUUCCCGGGGCAGCGAUUCCCGGGAUGCCUGGGGCAGAGAUUCCCGCGAUUCCCGGGGCAGAGAUUCCCGGGAUUCCCGGCCCACCAUUCCCGGACAGCGAUUCCCAGGCUGCAAUU